CUAACAGUUUCCACCAGGGUGUCGACUGGAGGUGUCACACAGAGGCUGGCACAGUUGGUGGAGUCACCUCUGGGCUUCAUCUCGAUCCUCUGUGCGCUCUGCAAGCGAGCUCUUUAUCUGCUGAGCAAACGGCCGUGUGUCUCCUGACCUUUCGACAUGUGGAGCGGCUCCAUCGUCCUCCUUCUUCUCGUUCUGGCUGCGGAGCCUGAUUUUGCCCAUGAGCGGGAGAAGAGGGAAUUGCUGAGGCGAGCAAAAAGGAGAUGGGUUCUAUCAACCAUUGAGUUGACAGAGGAGGAUAAAGGUCCAUUUCCAAAAAUGGCCACGAAACUUUUCAAUGACAAAGAGAUUGACUACAGACUCAAAUACUUCAUCAGUGGACAGGGAGUGUCGAAAGAUCCAAAGGGGGUGUUCAGCAUAGAUGAUGAAACUGGCAUGGUCUAUGUGCAUAAACCCAUUGAUCGGGAGAAAAACCCCACAUUUCAUAUUGAGUUUGAUGUUGUGGACCGGGCAACCAACACAAUAGUGGACAAAACUCUUGCAUUUGAUGUAGCUGUACAAGACAUCAAUGAUAACCCACCAAAGUUUGACAAACCUGUCAUUGAUGUGAAUGUCAAAGAGACAACAAAGGAAGGUGAUUUGCCCAUCAGUUUGUCAGCAACUGAUAUUGAUGAUCCAGCCACACAGAACUCGAAGUACACAAUGAAAAUUUUGUCCCAGGAACCAGCGUUGCCCAAGAUUGACAUUAAACUUGUGGAAAACACAAACCUGAGACAGCUGACUUUUAAAGGCUGCUUCAACUCUGAUCAAGAAAAGAAAUAUAAAGUCCUUGUUGAAGUAAAAGACAUGGGGUCCCCUUCGCUCUCAUCGACUGCAACAGUCAACAUAAAUAUUGUGGAUGGCAACAAUCAUGCACCAGUGUUUACCAGUAAAGAGUAUAAGGCCGAAGUAAUGGAGCUGGCUGUCAACCAGGAAAUUCUCAGGCUGAAAGUGGAAGACAAAGACCUACCCAAUACACCCGCGUCCCGGGCGAAAUUUAAAAUUGUGGAGGGCAAUGAUGAUGGUCACUACAAGAUUGAAACAGAUCCAAAGACCAAUGAGGGUGUCCUCACUGUCCUUAAGGCAAAAAACUACGAGAAGACGACUGUGGAGAACCUGCGGAUUGAGGUGGAAAAUGAGGAACCUCUGUUUGUCUGUGCAUCAGGGACUCCAGGUGGAGGGAAAGAAGUCCAAGCCCCUCAGUCUGUCAGCGUCUUUGUCAGCGUGCUAGACGUUAAUGAUCCACCACAGUUCAAAAAGAAAAUAAAUAAUGUGCACCAAAUGGAGGAGAGUGAACCUGGUAUUGUGCUGUUUACACCAGAGGUCACAGAUGAAGAAGGUGACAGCAUCAGGUAUGAAUUAGCCCAGGAUCCGGCAAAUUGGGUUAAAAUUAAUGAAAAGACUGGCGCAAUAACAACUGUACACAAGAUGGACCGUGAAUCUCCAUAUGUCAACAACAGCAUCUACACCAUCCUGAUCCGUGCCAUUGACAGUGGAAAGCCCCCAGGGACAAGUACGGGGACCGUGUACGUUCACCUUGGAGAUAUCAAUGACAAUUUACCCGUCCUGGUGGACCCCUCUGUGGUGCUGUGUGGGAAUAAAGAGAACAGUGUGGUGGUUAAAGCCAACGAUGCAGAUGCACACCCUUUCAGUAAGCCCUUCUCCUUUUCACUACAAGACCCAGAGCUGCAGAGCCGAUGGAAGUUUGACCCUGACACAGGGGAGAGUGCUACCCUGCACAGCCUGAACACCCUGGCCUAUGGGAACUAUACUGUGCCCUUGGCCGUCAAGGACCAACAGGGCAAGGGUGAGAAGUAUGACCUGAACGUGGUGGUGUGCGACUGCGGCGAGGGCUCAGUGUGUAGACGUCUUGCGUCCCGCUCCUCCAUGCUGGGGUUGGGAGGACUCCUUGCCCUGAUCGCUGCCUUCCUCAUGCUCCUGCUUCUGCUUUUAUUCUGCCUGUUCUGUGAAUGUGGGGAGGAGAAGAACCGCAUACCCAUUACCCUGUACGAUGAGGGAUGUCAGACAUUGAUCAAAUACAAUGAGGAGGGUGGGGGCUCAGUAUACAAGGCCCAACCACCAGUCCUGAUGACUCCUACCAACAGCUUUGUGUUCAAAGAAGACACAAAGAACCCGCCCAUUGCUGGAGCAAAGUUCGCUUCUCAGAUGUCUGCUGCACCCGUCAGCCAGGGUUAUGACACAUGGGGAAGCCAAGGGAAUGGCAUGGGGUCGACCCAUUGGGAAGUUUCCAGUCAGGUGCCUAAUUAUGACACACAGUGGACCAGGACAAUGUCCAGCAAAAAUGGGACAAUGAGACUUGGUAGACAACUCAGCCUUGCUUCCGAGAGGAACGUCUCAGCUCAACUUCAAAGGAGGUUGAGUGCAGUGGAAGAAAGGCAUCUAGAAGUACUGCAGUACAAUCCAACUGAGUAUGCCUUUGAGGGCAAAGGCAGUACCUGCCAGUCUCUGGACCAGUUGUCCUUCAGCAACUAUGGAGACAACCUGGACUUCCUUCAGGACCUGGGCCCCAAGUUCAACACACUGGGAGCCAUGUGCAGCAAAGCAGUGCCAGUGAAACUGAAAGAUCGACCUAUGUGAUUUUGUCUCUUCUGAGCAAAGUCAAAACAUUGAAUUCAAUGAUUUAAAAAAUUUUUGAAAGUCUCGUACUAGUGCUACUGUGGUUACCUGUCAGAACAAGACUAGGGAGCAGGUCUUGAGCCUUGUGUUGUGCUAGAAGAAACAAACACUUUAUGAAGUUAAAGAAGCUGGGGUGAUUAGGCUGUUUCUUCAAUAUAUUUGUUCAUUCCCCACAAGCAAUGACUUACAGAACCAUCACAUUCCCCUGUGCAAGCUAAUGUCCACAUCCUUAGAUUGUCAAACAGAUUUUUGUGCAACAUAAUGCUUUUCACUUUGUCAUUUUCUGAAGUAUGGAAUGGCAGAGACACAGAGAUUAUUGUAUUAUUUUCAUGAAACUGACUCCUCAAAACAGAUGCAGAUGUAAAAUCUUUUCAUUCCAGUCUGUCUAUACAGACCUAUAAAGAGUACUUUCAUGUGCAUUUUUAAACAUAGUAUUAUGCAUAAUUCAGUUGCACAAUGAACCCAUGAAUAAAAAAGAAGUGCUUGCAUCCCUUUCCACUUCUGUCAUUUCAACCCUUUCAAUGUAUUACUGAAGCAGUUUUGAAUGAUACCUUUUCCACCUUCUAGAAUGAGACGCUGUAAUGAUCAAGUCAAAAAUUCAUGUUGUCACACGUUGCCCAUAUCAGUGUUGUUUUUUCAUCUUUUUUACAUUUUGAUGACACACAAUGAAUACAGAAAGUAAGGUUAUGAUACUUCUUACAAAUCAAAUUUGAAAGACAUUUCAGUAUAACACAAUCAGAAAACUGUAUUAUUCUAAUAAGACAAAUAUUUUUAAAAACACAAACAUAAAUUUAAUUCAUCUAAAUUCAA